AUGGCCUCGUCCGAGCCUCAAUCUCCGUUGCCCUCGUACAAGUUCCCGGCCGGGUUUCGGUUCCGGCCGACCGGGAUCGAGAUUCUCAAGUAUUACCUACUCAACAAGGUGUCAGGCCAAGCCCUCCCGUAUGAUGGAGGGUUCGAGGAGAUGGACAUCUAUCGCCAUGAUCCGGAUCAGCUCCCCGUUGAUAUCUCUGACGGACACAGUAGAUGGGCGUAUUUCUUCGUGUCUACGGCGACGCCAGAUGAGGAUGGCUAUGACAAUGUCAGGAGUACACCGCAUGGCCUUUGGAAGCUCCAAAGACCUGAUCGCCCUGUGCAAGAUGAUGAUGAUGAUGAUGAUCGUGUCAUUGGUUACAAGAGAUCGUUUGUGUUCUACAGCACAAAAGCGCAUUGUCGUUCCGCAAGAACAGGUUGGAGGAUGAACGAGUAUAGACUCAGUCGCAAGUUUGAUCGAUCGAAAGAUGAUUCUCAGAUAUCUGCAUGCGAGAUAUACAUUCUGAUGGAAGACAGAGCAAGCAACCACGAUUAUAAAGCAUGUUCAGACAGAUCGAAAUCACAAGUAGAGCGUAGGAUGCUCCUCCCUGUUGAUUCGGCGCAGGCCUAGAAGUAGACUCAGUCUUCCAAGGCUGUUGGUUGUUCUUCAUGAAGCACAAUCACCCUUUCUAUUUCCUUCCAUUCCUUCCGUUGGUUGGCUCUAAACAAAUAAAUUAUCAUUUUAUUGAGCA